UUAAGGAAAUGUUUAAAAUCCAAGAAAACCUGUAAAGCCUUAUCACAUCUAUGGAAGAAUUUAACCGGCACAGAGCAGCCACACAAAUUCCCAAUUUUAGCUUUUUCCAUCACCACAAAAUAUAUUUCCCUCUGCCUUCCAAUCACAAAGCCUCUCGUCUCUCCUUUCUCUGACAAUUCCCAAACUUUGCAUGAGAAGAGAGGAAGCAUGCCGUCCCUGGCUUCCUUGAUUAGCUUAGGGAGCUUUAGUGUGACGGCAGCCAUCACUAGUUCAUCGGAAUCUUCUCCUUCUCCUUCUUAUUCUUCAUUUGUUCGGAGAGUUUCUCUAGCUAAAAGGAGUUUUAGGAGUGCCAAGAGAUGGCACUGUGUUUGUAGAUAUUCAGUCACUACCCCAGAUUUCAUUGCUGAACAAGGCAAUGCUGUGUCUCUUGAUUCUAACAAUUCAUUUAGAGCAAGCAAUAAUGGUGAUGUUGAUAACGAAAUCGUACUUAAGCCUGCGCCUAAGCCUGUGUUGAAAUCUGCUUCUUUAGGCUCUAAGGGUGAAUCCCUUUUAGGUGUGAGCUCUAUUGAGUUGGACCCUUCGAGUGAUUCUGAUGAUGAACGGGAGAGGAAUGAGGUGAUUGAGUCUCUUGGUGAGGCGUUGCAGAAGGCCGAAAAGCUUGAAAAUUCUAAGCCGAGUCUUAGCACUACUAGGAAAGAUAAUGGAAAUGUAAAUAAACCGACACCAUCUAACAUGGGUGUAAAUUCCAGAGUUGCUAAAUCUGGGAACCUUGCUGCAACUGGCAAAACUAAAACUUCGAAGAGUGUGUGGCGGAAAGGGGACACUGUGGUAAGUGUGCAAAAAGUCGUGAAGGAAGCUCCUAAGACUAAUAAUAAGCUUGUGAAAGAAAAGGAAAACAUAACAAGGGAAGGAACAAAGCUAGAAUCUCAACCUAGUGUUCCUUUAAGGCCCGUGCAGCCUCCCCUGAGACCUCAGCCCAAAUUACAGGCUAAGCCAUCUGUAGCUCCUCCUCCUAUGAUGAAAAAGCCUGUUAUCCUGAAGGAUGUGGGAGCAGCUCCAAAGCCACCAGUUGGUGAUAAAGCUGAUUUGGGUGCUACAAAAAGUACUGGAAGGCAGCCAAUUUUAGUUGACAAAUUCGCCCGUAAAAAACCUGUUGUUGAUCCUCUAAUUGCUCAAGCAGUUUUAGCCCCCACAAAACCAGGAAAGGCCCCUGCCUCUGGAAAGUUCAAAGACCGAAAGAAAAGUGUUUCUCCUGGAGGACCACGGAGACGAAUUGUUGAUGAUGAUGAUGUUGAGAUUCCUGAUGAAGAAACAUCAGAGCUAAAUGUCCCUAUUCCAGGUGCAGCUACUGCGAGGAAAGGGAGGAAAUGGAGUAAAGCUAGCCGGAAAGCAGCUAGACUCCAGGCUGCCAAAGAGGCAGCUCCUGUCAAAGUAGAAAUUUUAGAAGUUGGGGAAAAAGGUAUGUUGAUUGAGGAGUUAGCCUACAAUUUGGCCAUUAGUGAAGGUGAAAUUCUUGGUUAUCUCUACUCAAAGGGGAUUAGACCUGAUGGGGUGCAAACACUGGACAAGGACAUGGUAAAGAUGGUGUGCAAGGAGUAUGAUGUAGAGGUCAUAGAAGCUGAUCCUGUUAGAUUUGAAGAAAUGGCAAGAAAAAGGGAAAUUCUUGAUGAAGAUGAUCUGGACAAACUGGAAGAGAGGCCCCCUGUCCUCACUAUAAUGGGGCAUGUGGAUCAUGGCAAGACAACCCUGUUGGAUUACCUUCGUAAAAGCAGGGUGGCUUCCUCAGAGGCUGGUGGGAUUACACAAGGAAUUGGAGCAUAUAAAGUUUUGAUACCAGUUGAUGGGAAGUUGCAACCUUGUGUUUUCCUUGAUACUCCUGGGCAUGAGGCAUUUGGAGCAAUGAGAGCUCGAGGAGCAAGGGUGACAGAUAUUGCAAUUAUUGUGGUAGCUGCUGAUGAUGGUAUUCGCCCUCAGACAAAUGAGGCCAUAGCUCAUGCCAAAGCAGCUGGAGUUCCAAUUGUAAUUGCUAUAAAUAAGAUAGAUAAAGAUGGAGCAAAUCCAGAAAGAGUCAUGCAAGACCUUUCUUCAAUUGGUCUCAUGCCAGAAGACUGGGGUGGUGAUGUCCCAAUGGUUCAGAUCAGUGCUCUCAAGGGGGAUAACAUAGAUGAUUUGUUAGAAACUGUUAUGCUUGUUGCUGAGUUGCAAGAGUUGAAGGCUAAUCCUCAUAGAAAUGCAAAGGGUACUGUUAUUGAGGCAGGUCUUCAUAAAUCUAAAGGACCGGUAGCUACAUUUAUUGUGCAGAAUGGCACGCUUAAAAGAGGGGAUAUAGUGGUUUGUGGAGAAGCUUUUGGCAAGGUGCGAGCUUUAUUUGAUGAUAGUGGAAACCGAGUUGAUGAAGCUGAACCAUCUAUUCCUGUACAGGUUAUUGGAUUGAAUAAUGUGCCAAUUGCUGGUGAUGAAUUUGAAGUUGUUGCCUCCCUUGAUAUUGCACGGGAAAAGGCUGAGGCACGUGCAGAAUUAUUGCGUGAUGAGCGGAUAUCAGCCAAGGCUGGGGAUGGAAAAGUUACACUUUCUUCUUUAGCGUCGGCUGUUUCAUCAGGAAAGCUGUCUGGUCUAGACUUGCACCAGCUAAAUAUUAUAAUGAAAGUUGAUGUUCAGGGAUCAAUUGAAGCUGUCAGACAAGCCUUACAAGUGCUCCCCCAGGAUAAUGUCACCUUGAAGUUCCUUUUGCAAGCAACAGGAGAUGUUAGCACCAGUGAUGUUGAUCUUGCCAUUGCUAGUGAAGCUAUUAUUUUAGGAUUUAAUGUCAAAGCGCCAGGUUCUGUCAAGAGCUAUGCAGAAAACAAAGGUGUUGAGAUUCGGUUAUAUAGAGUUAUCUAUGAUCUCAUUGAUGAUGUACGAAAUGCAAUGGAAGGACUUCUGGAACCUGUUGAGGAAGAAAAAACAAUAGGCUCAACAGAAGUCCGGGCUGUAUUUAGCAGUGGCAGUGGUCGUGUUGCUGGAUGCAUGGUAACAGAUGGGAAAGUAGUGAAAGGAUGUGGCAUUAAAGUCAUUCGAAAGAAAAAGAUAGUCCAUGUUGGUGUACUUGAUUCCCUGAGACGAGUUAAGGAAAUUGUGAAAGAGGUAAACGCUGGGCUAGAGUGUGGUAUUGGGAUGGAAGACUUCGAUGAUUGGGAGGAAGGAGAUACCAUCGAGGCCUUCAACACAGUUGAGAAGAAGCGGACCCUCGAAGAGGCAUCAGCUUCAAUGGUAGCUGCAAUGGAAGAAGCAGGAAUUAACUUGUAGAAGAACGUACAGUGUGGCAUCAAAAUUGGCAAAUUUGCUUUCCCCGACGGACAGGGGAAAGAAAAAAUCAUCAUAGAUGAAACAGCUUAUGAAAUCAGUGGUCUACAUUGCUCAACAGGAAGAAUAUAUAAAUGGGGCUGGCCUUGGCAUGCAAUUUAUUUCUAAGUGCCAAGUGCUUCAGAGACUUGAAGCCUGAGCAUGCAUUAAUUUUGCCCAUUGUUGUACGCUAUUCUGUCUGUAUGUAUGUAUGUAUAUAUCACAAGGGACAACCUUACAAGUUCCUUAAUGAUUAUAUGUCUCAAAAAUACUCUGGAAUGGCAUUCAAAGGUGAGAUUUUUUUUU